AGAUUCGUUAUAGUUUCGAAGCAUCAUGAAACAGUGUUUCCAAAUCGCCCAUCACUAGUUUCCAGUCAAGCUCUUGUAACGUUCGUUAGACCUUAACGUUUCUAUCAAACAUUGACAGUAAGUCACUGAUCAUGUCUGAUGACCCAGGGCGUUUUAAUUUGGAGGACGAGGAUGAGUGCUGGGCACGGCUGGAAGACUACAGAAUGCUUCUUAUCAAGACAAUCGAGCCAUCAAGAAUAACACCUUAUUUGAGGCAGUGUAAAGUGCUGAGCAGUGAGGAUGAGGAGCAAAUCUACAACGACCCCAAUCUGGUUAUAAGACGCAGAAAAGUUGGGGUGCUGUUGGACAUUUUACAAAGAACCGGUCUCAAAGGGUAUGAAGCAUUUCUAGAAAGCUUGGAGCUAGACUAUCCAGACCUUUAUCGCAAAAUCACCGGCAAAGAGCCAGCUCGGGUCUUCUCUGUACUUAUUGACACUGCAGGUGAAUGUGGCCUCACUCAGUUCCUCAUGAACGAGGUGUCUCGCCUACAGAAGCUCAUACAUGAAGAGCGAAAGGCGAAACUCGAGGUAUCUGCACAGGCCGCAGAGCAGCUUGACACCAUACGCCAGCUGAAACAUUGCGAGAGUGAGCUUCUCAAACAGCAGGAGCGAGGGCAGCGCAUCCGAGAGGAGCGUGAGCGCAUUAGCGAGGAGGCGCGUCGAUUGAGAGAUGAGAAUUACAGUCUGAUGCACAGUCUGACUCGACUGAGCGAAGAGAAAAACUGCGCUCAAAUGUGUAACAGGGACCUCCAGCUAGAGAUUGAAAGACUCAAGCACAGCUUAAUGAAUGCAGAGAGCGAUUCAAAGAUACAGCGGAAAAAGACAAUAACCUUGAAAAAUGCAAUGGAGCAGAGGCCGAGUCAAGAGAUGAUUUGGCAGCUGCAAAGAGAAAAUGAUCUUCUUACAGCACGUAUCCAAGAGCUUGAAAGUGCUUCCAAAGCCCAAACUCCAGCACAUGAAAAACUUGAUCAACAGUCACUAGCAGAUUUCAAGCAACAAAAUCAGGCACAAUACCAGAAGCUGGUGAAUGAUCUCUACAAUAUACGCAAAGAUCUGCAUGAUACACAAGAGCUACGUGAUAAGUUUCAAGAGGAGAAGGAUGAGUUGGCAUUGACGUGCACCAUGCUAAAAAAGGACUCCAAAAUGUAUUGUGACCGAAUGGAAGACAUCCUGAAGCAGCUGGAAGAGGUCAUUAAAGAAAGAGACAGGGCUAUUGCUACAAGAGAGGAGUACCAUUUGGAGAGCUCAAAAAAUCUCCAAGAGAAGGACAAUUACCGGAAACAGAUCCGAGAGAUGGGAGAACGUUAUGAUGAACUUCAAGUCCAGUUGUUCCAUGCUCAGGGAGAAAUUCUUGGCCUUCAAGCAAAACUCCGCAAACAAAAUCUACUUCAUUUGAACUCAGAAGAAAGCCCUUUGAUGAGUUCCUUUGAGCCUAGUAUGUUUCAGAAAACUGUGUCCUCUGAGGAGGACAUCCCAAAUAACUGCAUACUUAAAGGACGAUACAACAUCUAUAAUGGGAGGAAACGUGCUGUAAGAACAAAAAGGUUCACAGUUAAAGAGAAUGUGCAGUGCAUCAUGGACAACACUACCGGGAGUGAUACAGAUGGGUUGUGACAUACAGCUGUGGACAAUACAAAGAACUGUAGUGUUCUUUAAAAGGCAUAUUUACCGUUUGAAGGGAAUCUGGCAUUGCUUUCAGAGACCAUAAAAACUUUCACUGCUGUGAUUCACUGUAGUUGUCAUGAUUAUAAACUGCCACAGCUGCUGUUGUUUAUUGAAAAAUUAAAAUGACAUGCAUAAAAAUAAAAAAAAGUAAUUUCAACUAAAUACUAGGGGUGAGUGGGGUAAAAACUACACUCUAAAAAACAAACGGUGC